AUGGUUCAACUUAAAAACCCUGAUUUAAUUAGAUCAACUCCAUUCGUUAAUGGUGAAUGGAUCACUUCCAAAUCAACCAAAACUUUUAAAGUUUUCGAUCCAGCUACUGAAGAAUUAAUCAUUGAAUUACCUGAUCAAACAAGAGAAGAAAUUGAAUAUGCCAUUGAAACUUGUCACAUUGCUUAUGAGAAAUUCAAACAUACUUCUCCUUAUGAAAGAGCUAAAUGGUUAAGAAAUCUUUAUAAUUUAAUCAUUGAAAAUGUCGAUGAUUUAGCUAAGAUUAUAACUUGGGAAAAUGGGAAAUGUUUAACUGAUGCCAUUGGAGAAAUCAAAUAUGCAGCAUCAUAUUUCGAAUGGUUUGCUGAAGAAGCUAAAAGAAUAUAUGGUCAUACUAUUCAACCUCAAAAUCAAAAUAAUAAAGUUAUAACUUAUAAACAACCAAUUGGAGUAGUAGGAUUAUUAUGUCCCUUUAAUUUCCCAAGUGCAAUGGGAGCUAGAAAAUUAGCUCCUGCAUUUGCCGCUGGUUGUACUACUAUUUUAAAACCAGAUUUCCAAACUCCAUUAAGUUCAUUAGCGUUAGCUUAUUUAGCUCAUGAAGCAGGUUUCCCCCCAGGUACUUUUAAUGUGGUUUUGGUAAGUCAAGCAUCUACACCAGAAAUGGGAUUACUCUUUUGUGAAUCAAAAAUCAUUAAAAAGAUAAGUUUCACUGGUUCAACUCCAGUAGGGAAAUUACUUAUGAAACAAUCUUCAUCAACAUUAAAGAAAUUAUCAAUGGAAUUAGGAGGGAAUGCUCCCGUGAUAAUUUUUGAUGAUGCUAAAUUAGAUUGGGCUGUAGAACAAGCUAUCGCAUCUAAAUUCAGAUCAUUAGGUCAAACUUGUGUAUGUGCCAAUCGUAUAUAUGUUCAAGCAGGAGUAUAUGAAAAAUUCAAUCAAAAAUUCAUCGAAAAAGUUAAACAUUUCAAAAUCGGGAAUGGAUUUGAACCAGGUGUAACUCAUGCAUGUUUAAUUAAUGAUCGUGCAAUUCUUAAAGUUGAAGAUCAUUUUAAAGAUGCUGUUCUGAAGGGUGCUAAAGUAUUGAUUGCCGGUGGGAAAUUACCGGCAUUAGGAAAGAAUUUCUAUGCACCAUCUGUGAUUUGUGAUGUUACAAAUGAUAUGAAAGUGGUUAAUGAAGAAACUUUUGGUCCCUUGGGAGCUAUAAUUAAAUUCGAAACUAAAGAACAAGUCUUACAUUGGUGUAAUGAUACACCAUUUGGAUUAGCUUCGUAUGUAUUUUCCGAAAAUUUAAAUAAUAUCUGGUAUAUGUCAGAAUAUUUAGAAUCAGGAAUGGUAGCUGUUAAUACUGGUAUUUUCACCGAUGCCGCUAUGCCAUUUGGAGGGGUUAAAGAAUCUGGAUUUGGUAGAGAAGGAUCCAUGUAUGGUAUUGAUGAUUAUACGGUAGUUAAAUCAAUUACAUUAGGUAAUAUUUAUCAUCAUGCUUGA